CACGCUGCUCAGUUUUCAGCCCUUUCCGAAUGUCACAGUGAUGAUCUCGAGCCCCCAUUGGCUCCUGUCUACAAACACGUCACAAUCAUGAUUAGAAUUGAUGAUCGGACGUUCUGAUUUCAUUGUCUAGCAAAGGGGACUGGUGAAGAAAUCUGCUGAAUUUGAACGUUCGUCUGAUUUUGACAUCAAAUAUGGUAAGCGGGAGGGGGAUUCCACGUCUCGCUUCGUGGGGUCCCGGGUGGCCUUCGCUCGUGUCCGCUCGAGGGCCGGGUCAGCGCGAAUGGCCGUGGCGCGGGUCGGGAAAUCACAGAUUUGAAGGAAAAGUUUAGCCGCUGCUAUCCAGUGGGGAAAGCUAUGCUAAUGCUAGCUUAGCUGCCUGGCUCAGACAUGGCCGCCCGGGCCUGCAAGCUAACGUCCGCUGCUUGCGCGGCUAUUGUGGCGCUCACCCGGUUUGUUUACGGUCUGGCUCGCGGUCCUAAAGUUGUGGCACGUACUUCCCCGGGGGUGACAAUGCUUCUGAACAGCCGGGCCGGCGAGCUGUUCAGACGUGCACGCAUUUAGUUUGGCAAUUCUUUCCGUAAUGCUCCCGCAUCGGCUGCAGCCAUGCGCAGUGUGUCUGCCAAAAUAAACCUGCUGGCUGCUUAUUGGUCGCGCCGCAUUCUCGUGUCUCACUCUGUUUAUUACAGUCGCUACUAAAUGUGUUUCGCACUGAGUCGCCGCUUGCUUUUCCGCUAUAUCCACGUCCAGGUGUUGUUACGCAUAGGUUGGAGCUUUUCGCUGACUGUACACCGAUCUAACGGAGGGAGGGAGGGACACUACCCAUCGCUGUGUCCGGUGCACUGAGACAGGAUGUGUACUGGCAGACCUGCGCUCACCUAGAAAUAUGGAGGUCUGGCUGUGAUCUGCAUGGCUGCCCCGUUCCCCUCCAGUAGCAGAAUGGAUGCGUGGCCACAGAGACGUGGCCUGCAGACUAUGAACCUGCGGUCAGUGUUUACAGCUGAACAGCAGAGGAUCCUGGAACGUUACUAUGAGAAUGGGAUGACCAAUCAGAGCAAAGCUUGCUUCCAGCUAAUCCUGCAAUGUGCUCAGGAGGCCAAACUGGACUUCAGUGUUGUCCGGACGUGGGUUGGCAAUAAAAGACGUAAGCUCGCCUCUAAGGUGGACCAGAAUGGAGGUGUGUCUCAUUCCUUACCCACUCACGGACUUGCAGGGGGCCUGCUCUCCAAUCACACAUUAGCCGGAGCUGCCCUAUCCAACCACAGCUUGGCAGCAGGGCCACUGCUUCCUGCUGAAAUGGCUGUGGCGCGGACCAUCCAGAGUCGUGUGCACCUCCUUCCUCCAUCCCCCUCUUUCCCUACCUUUACAGCCAGAUCUUCCUCUCCCUCCUCUUCUUCUCCACUUAGUAGUGGGAGCAACAACAAAAACAACAAUGAUGUCAUUCUGACUGGCAUCUACUCCCUGAACUCUGUCCCUCGCUCUCGAUCAAGACCCACUGCUCCCACAUCUCAGUCGGACUCUGAGCUUUCUUUACGCACAUCCUCAUCCUUGAUUAACCAGGCCCUGCAGAGCAGGAACAGCUCUACCACCUCUCCUCUACACUCCAAACUAGCAUCACUCUCUCAGAAUCUUCCAUCUCUCGCAUCAGCCUCAGGUCCUUUAGUCUACACUGCAGUCAGGAAGGAAACGUUACCCCAUGGGGAGUCUGGGGUAGGUGCAGGAGCGGGGGUAGUACCUCACAGCUGGACUAAGCAGUACGGUACAGUGCCAGCACGUGCUUGGUCCUCUUCCUCACAGUCCCAGGCUCAGCCUCAAUCCAGACCUCACUCCAACCCCCAACCUCAGCCACCGGCUUCACAGAAGACCCGGGUCUCCCUCCCAGCCCAAAACUCUAGUCCAGUCUCUGAACCGACACCUCGUAUCCAGCAGGUCUUCACAUUGUCAGACAGAAGCGAAGGCGACCGAAUUAGACCUGGGCCAGCCCUGACUCGAAAAGGCCAGCAGAGCCAUAGGCCAGUGCAUCUUCGUCUGGACACAAGUCAUAACUUCUCCAUCGCUAUGGAAACUGGAGAUGAAGAAGAUGAGUGGCAAAGGGAAGAGGAACUGGCAAAUAUGGCCGCUCAGACCCACAUUAACAAGGAGCAGACGUCAGCCAGCCCAAACAGGACAGACGUGUCGGCGGUGAGAAGAAGCCACACACCUCCUACGACAGGCUCCAGACCCCCACUGCUUCAUAGCAACGCAACUCUUCAGGGCAGCUACUCUCUCACAGCACAGACCUCACUUACAGGGGAAUCCAGCACACAGACUUCAGUUAGUGUGUCUGCUGCACCCUGGGUUAUCAGCAACUCCAGAAAAAGAACACUGCAGGAUCGGACCCAGUUCAGCGACGGGGAUCUCAUCCAACUGAAACGCUACUGGGAUCGAGGCAUGACCAGCCUGGGCUCAGUCUGCAGGGAAAAAAUCACAGCUGCAGCAAAUCAGCUCAAUGUAGACACUGAAAUAGUCAAGACAUGGAUCAGUAACCGACGGCGGAAGUACCGUCUGAUGGGUAUUGAAAUUCCGCCGCCUAAAGGUGGGCCUGCUGUCUUUACAAACUCAUCUCCAGGUGACGAGUCUCCCGUGGCCCUCAGCCCCGACGAUGAACGUCUCCUAACACCUGAACUCGGAGAUGACCUGAAUGAUGAGGGUUCCGUCUGCCUGUCUGAAGAUGGCACUAUCGACUCACAACACAGAGAUGGAGAAGAUGGAACAGAUGUCCCCCAUGCUGCUCCAAUGGCCAAUAAUGUGAAGAUUGAAGUAAUAGAUGAAGACGAAGAUGAUGAGGAAACUGAUGGUGACAUUGUGCCUUCAGAUCUAGAGCAAAUGCAAAACCUGUUGGAAUUUAAGCAUGAAGAAGUUCAGUUCUUGGAGAAUGAGCUAGAGAACCAAAAACAAAAGUACCUGGAACUUGCGAGUUUCACGAAGAGCCUGCUCAGCGCUGUGAGGACUAACGACCUGGAGCGACAGCAGGAACUCAUGGCCAGUCUACCUCAGCCUUUAGACCACAACUGGGACGUGACUCUGGAUCGAGUAGCCCACCUUGCUGCUGAUUCAGCAGACACAUCGUCCAAUCACAGCUUCCCGACGGAGCCUCAACUGGACUCCGAAAGCGAAGAAGCCCUAACGAUCACCAUCAACGAAGACUGUUUAACAGCUGAAGUUUCUGAGCUCUCUGCAUCAGAAGAGCAACUGCAGGAAGCAGUUACAGAACUAAAGUGACAUAUGUCAUAUUUAUCAGCCCACACAGAUGUUUUCACAGCUCACAUGGUCUUAACAUUUAUACAAACACUCUGGUAUACUCACGCUCCACGCCCAGUGCCUGUGGAUUGAUGCUUCACUAUGACUGUUGGGCUAACGAAUGCCUUUUUUACUGCAUAUCAUUCGCCUUGCUCUGGUCCAGUCCAGAGAAACAAUAAAUGACCUCUAAUUUA